AUGGCUUCAAUUAACGACAAGUCACCCUUCCCAAAGGAGUCAAAUGCCAUGGAUCUCGCCAACGACCAAAAGACUCAAGACGAUGGUCUCUGUCGGCUCGAAAGUAAUACCUUUGGAGAGUCACAUCUUGUCAGUCAAGGUGGGACCAAACGAAACGUCAAAUCACGACAUGCCCAAAUGAUUGCUAUUGGUGGCAGCAUCGGGACUGGACUCUUCGUGGGUUCUGGUCAGGUCCUCGCAGUUGGAGGCCCUGCAUUUCUGUUCAUCUCUUAUGCCUUGACGUCCAUCCUCGUAUACGGUAUUGUCACAGCGGUCAUGGAAGUAGGGACAUAUCUUCCCGUCUCGGGUAGUUCCAUGUCCUACUAUUGUGCCAGAUACACCUCGCGAUCUCUCGGAUUUGCCCUUGGCUGGCUUUACUUUUACUCUUUCGGCAUCAUACUCGCGUACGAAAUUGUAGUCGGAUCAAUCAUCAUCAACUACUGGCCUAACAACAUCCAUGUCUCGUUGUGGUUAACAAUUCUCAUCAUCGUCAUAGUGGCUCUCAACUUCUCUCCCGUGGGCGUAUACGCAGAGACAGAGUUUUGGUUUGCAAGUCUAAAGAUCAUCUUAUUUAUCGGCUUGCUUAUAAUGUCUCUUGUCCUCAUCCUUGGAGGUGGCCCCAAUGGGCAACGUCUGGGUUUUUACUUUUGGGUAGACCCAGGCGCAACAAAGGAAUACCUUGUGGCCGGCCCUGGAGGCAGAUUUACUGCACUGCUGUACUGUUGGGUGUUUUCUGGGUUUUCGUUCUACUUCAGCCCAGAACUGAUUAUUAUUACCGGCGGCGAAAUGAGAAACCCUCGCAAAAACCUUCCGAUUGCAAGCCGACGUUUCUUCUACCGCCUCAUCAUCUUCUACCUUUUGGGUUCGUUGGCUAUCGGAGCGAUCUGCAGUUCGAAUGCAGAGGCACUUACAUCUGGCGCCGGCAACGCAGAUGCAUCGCCUUGGGUUGUUGCCAUCAAAAAUGCCGGUAUCAGUGGACUGCCCUCUGUCGUCAAUGCCGGAAUCCUGACAAGCGCCUGGUCAGCCGGUAACUCGUAUCUGUACAUGUCGAGCCGGUCACUGUAUUCCCUCGCAGUUGCGGGUAAUGCUCCUCGAAUAUUUGCUCGCUGCAACAGCUACGGCCUGCCCACCUAUGCCGUACUUGCCUCGAGUUGCUUCACUGUUUUAGCAUACUUGAGCGUGUCAUCGGACGCCGGCGUCGUUUUCAACUGGUUCGUCAGUCUAACCAAUACUGCUGGCUAUACCUCCUGGAUACUUUGCGCAUUCAUAUUCCUGCGCUUUCGCAAAGCGUGUGAUGUCCAAGAUAUCAAACCCCCUUAUCGAUCUUGGUGCCAACCAUAUGGAGCGUGGAUAUCGAUGGUUUGCUUUGCUUUCCUUCUCUUUGCUAACGGAUUUACCGUGUUUUAUCCGGGACGAUUCUCUGUGUCCAGCUUCCUCACAGCGUACAUUGGAAUUCCAUUUUUCUUGGUAAUCUUCUUGGGCCACAAGGUCAUCGCGGGACGAAACGACCCAUGGGUCCACGCACCUGAGGAUGUAGACUUGACUUCUGACCUGAGGGAGGUUGAGGCUGAAGCUGAGUGGUGGACUAACACGGAAGAAGCCAGCAAAGUAGGCCAUCAAAGCAAGAAUUGGUGGCGCAAGCUCUCACUCAUUUGGGAGUGA